CCUCCAUCCACAUCUUCAUCAAUCCCCGCUUCCCCAGUUAAAAUGCCCCUCACCCACCUCCCCAAAGAAACCCUCCUCCAAAUCAUCUCCCUCCUCCCUUCGCCCAAGGACAUCGCAUCUCUAUCCAUCCAAAACCACCACCUAUACUCCCUCUGCGACAUGAACACCCGUAAACAGUUCCGCCGCAUCCGCAUCACCAACAACGCCACGGACCUCUCCCGCGCAUUCACAUUUCUCAUCCGCAUCCUCAAACAACCAUCUCUCGGUCACUACGUCCGGCAUAUCGAGUUCUACGACCCGUGGAUUCACCACGGUAUAUCAGGCUACGAGCCCAAUGUAUCAGCAACACUGAACGAAGAAUACAAAGACCUAAUCCGAGCUGCGAUCCAAACCGCGGGAUUUCCUGUAGAGGAAAUAGAUCGGUUGGUGAGGAUUGUUGCGCAGGUAUCGUUACUUCGCAGAAGAAAUCCGGAAGAGAGAGAUUGGUUUAGGGUUACAGGACCCCACGCCCCCCGGGAACUCCUCCUCGCCCAAACCCUCACAGCCCUCAUCAUCUCCACCGCCCCAAACCUCCACUCCCUAUCUCUGACCCAACCCUACGGAACAGAGAACGGGAUGUACUGGACCGAAACCCCACUCCAGGACAAUCACAACCCAAUCCAAUACCCGUUGGAAUGGCUCCUCUACCAAAUCAACAACAAUUAUCACUUUCCCCCCAAACCACUCUCAAACCUCAAACACAUCUACCUAACCACCUCCGCAUCCCCUACACUCUGGGACGAGAACCGCUUCUACUUCAAUCUAGACCUCUUCGGCCUAAUGACCCACUUCCACCACCUCCCCGCCAUCGAAUUCCUCACCACAGAUCUCUACCGCACAGACAUAUACGGAAAACGCGGAUUCCCAAUCUCCACAUCCAACAUCUCCACCAUCAAAAUCAACCACUCCUCAAUCGCUGACCCAGAUCUCAUCCGAAUCAUCUGCUCCUGUAAACACCUCCGCGAAUUCCAAUACUCCAUCGGCGGAAGAGCACCGGAUCGGGAUCCAACCUACACGUUAUCCGAUUAUCGAAGGAUCCUACAAGCACUCUUAAUUCAUAGAAAUACACUAGAGAUGUUGGAUAUAGACGCGGGGAUUCCGCCGGAAUGGUCCCGCGGGGAAUUUCUUCAUGUUAGCGUUAGCGAGGAAGAAGAACAGAAUAGGGCACUCGAUGAUUGGGAAGAUGAACACGAGUACUUGGAGAAUGAACCGUCGUGUAUUUUGCCAGCCUGGGUGUGGGGAAUCAAUGGAUCGUUGGCGGAUUUCUCGGCGUUGAGGAAGGUGGCUCUCGAUGUGGAUUUUCUGUUGUAUAUGGCUAGGGGAGUUGGAAGGGAUAGAGAUGAUGGGUUUAGGCUUGGGGAGAGGGUGCCACUGGGAUUGGAGACGUUGGUGGUUAGGGGGUAUGAGGUGGGGAUGGGUGGGGUUUAUGAUUUUCAUGUGCAUGGGUUGAAGGGGGGGAUGAGGGAGGAGAGGGAGGAGAGGGAGGAGGGAGGUGCUGGGUUGGGAUUGGGGUUGAGGGAGGUGAGGGGGAUUGAGAUGGGGGAGAUGAUAGUGCCGGCGUGUCAUGUGGAGGAUCCGGAUCGGGAUGGGGAUUUGAUUUGGGAGAGGGAGGUGGAGGUGUGGUCGGAGGAGGAAGAGGAGGAGGGGGAUGGAGAAGGGGGGUUGCUGGGUUGGUAG